GUCUGUGCAUGUUCACAGGAAGCACAUAUUUCUCCCAUGUCCAGCUGCUGCAGUGGUUCAUUUCCCAUGUUUUGUCUAUAUCAGCAUUGUCCAAGAGCAGGAUUUAAAACAUGUAACUACCAGGUCCUCCUUUGGCCAAUUCAGAACUUGCAAAAAAAUACUCCCCCUUACCACCUUUUACAUGGAGAAAGAAUGUUCUGGGAAGAAGAUAUUGUUGUGGAAAUUGAAUGGCUACUUCUAGGGCACAACAGUGACAGGUACAACUAUUCUCACCCAAUCAUGCACAGAUCUAACAAUUAUAUUAGGUCUGUGGACUUUAGCCACAGAACCAUCCAAUGA